AUGGCGUCAGCAUCCACUAAAGGCACCAGAUACCCCAUCGCUAACUACCUUCAUCUCCAACAUUUCUCUCCUAACUACCAAGCUUUCUUCACUUCUCUUCUCGGCCAUUCCGAACCAUCAUCCUUCCACAAAGCGAUGCAAUUUUCAGAAUGGCGUAAUGCUAUGGCUGUUGAAGUUCGUGCACUUGAAGAAAAUUCAACUUGGGACGUCAUUGAUUUACCUCCCAACAAACGCCCCAUUGGAUGCAAAUGGGUGUAUAAACUCAAAUACCAUGCUGAUGGUACCAUUGAGCGACAUAAGGCUGGCCUCGUCGCCAAAGGUUAUACCCAAACAGAAGGCGUCGACUACAUAGAGACCUUCUCACCCGUUGCUAAAAUCACUACCAUUUGA